AAUCAAUCUUGCUAUGUAUAAAUGGGACUCGUUAUUAUUUGUUACCUAAUAUAUGUUGUCGUAAUUUAGCAUUUUGAUUGUCUCAUAGGAAGUUAUCAGAUAACAGUAGACAGGAAAACCCGGCAAGCGCCGUGCUUGCAGAAUGCAGACUCAGAAACGGUGUUGGAACUGCCGAGAUCGGAAAACUGCCUGCGACCGGUCUCGACCAACUUGUCGGAAGUGUAGAGAAAGAAAAGAGACUUGCCUGGGAUAUGGAAUCAAGCUCUCAUGGCCCCGUGAAAACGACAGGCGUCGCUUUACUCGUGCAAAGGGUCAUUGUCUAUUUCCUGUCCAGUCAGGCGAUUUGGAGUUUGUCAACACUUCGUCGGAAGAUAUCGAGGUAUCACAGCAACUAAGCCGGCUACACCACUCUCCUAAGUCGUACGAAAUGAUGUGGCUCUCCCAGCUGCCACGAAUGACGAUGGGGAGAGCGGACUGCACCCUUACUCCGCCAAAUGGUGUCACGCCCGUUGCUCGGUUGAUCUCUUCGAGUUACGAUGCCGACGACCUCUACGGUCUUCUCCUUAGACUGUCGAUAAAUGACGACGAGAAGCCUACCUUGGCAACACGCCAUGCCAUAAGUGCGCUGUCGUAUCAGCAUCUAGACAAGGACAAAGCACUCGUUUACCAGACAAACGCAGUGUGUGCGCUGCAGUCAUCCAUUGAAGCCCUUGUUCCUUCCCGCGCAAUCCAAACUAUGGCAGCGAGCAUGUUGCUAAGUAUCUUCGAGACGCUAAACUUUGACUCCUCUUCCCUGGGCUGGUCUAUUUUCUUUUGUGGCACAAAAACUAUUGCCCGCCUGGUUACUCAACUUCACGGUACACAUUAUGGGGACGAGGCCUUGAUCUUGGAUUGGAUCUUCUACCACGAUGCCAUGUACAAGUUUAGCAUACGGCACUGGAUAAAAAAGGACGACGACCAAACCCAACUAGCAGGGCUGACGAAAGUAAUAUCAAAGGCCAUAUUUGCACCAGAGAGGCAAACUGUCGUGCCAAUCUUGGGCUGUUCACUCGAGCUGCUGGAUCUUGUCUGUCAAGCCGUCGACGCCGUGUUCGAUCGUGAUGACCCUCGCCAUCUUUCCAAGGCUCACAUCGAGACAAUUCGAUCAUUAGAGAUCCGCACAAGAAAUGCAGAACAGCGCCACACAAGUGUAUCGGAAACAGCUUUACUCGAGCUUAGCUACGCAGCCAACAUCGCGGAACUAUAUCGCCUCGCUACACUCGUUUACCUCUGUCGUGUUGGUAGAGGCGCACCUCACGAUUCACAAGGCGUCCAGGAGCUGGUGAAGGAAUCAUUUACUCUUCUUGAUAGAAUCAAAUUCUGCGAGCGGCCUUGGCCCCUAUUUGUCAUUGCUCUCGAGGCGCGCACCGAGGAGUCUCGCCAGACAGUGCUCACAGUCCUGGAAGAGUCACUGAGGAGACGACCGCUGGGCAGCGUAUAUCUGACGAGCAGGAUGAUACGCGAUGCCUGGGUGCAGCAAGAUUUACGAGACGGAGAUAUCGAUCCACUCAUUUUAUACAAUCUCGUAGUGAGCCGCAAUCGAGUUCCUCCCAGCUUUGCAUGAGAGGAUAGUAGAGUUUCAUGGAUAUGGCUUUAAUGAGUCGUUGAAUAAAAAAAUCUUUCAGAAAACCUUGCAGAUGAACACUAAGCUAAAAUCUUGUGCAC